AUGUUGGGACGCUGCACUGCGCUGCCGCGGCUCGCCUCGCAGCGCUCUCAGAGCACCUCCUCCUCCCCGGGCGGGCGGAUGGUCGCCGCCGCUGCGAGCGGCGACUCCGACGCCGCCUUCGCCGCCUUCAAGCGGCAGCAGGAGGAGCUGGCGCUGCGGCGGGACCGGCAGUUCAUCUACUCCGGGCUCCUGCUGGCCGGCAUUGCGCUCUUCUUCUCGGUGCGCCUCUCGCAGCGCGCGCGCAUCCAUGAGGACGAGCGCCACGCCACGCGGCUGCGCAUGUACGCCCAGAUUGAGGAGAGCGACCAGCGGCGCGAGCGCCUCCUCGGCGCUCUGCCCGAGCUCGCGCAGACGGCGGCGCGACUAAAGCCCGAGGCGGCGGCCAGGGUGGCGGCGGAGGUGCGCCACGUGGCGACCAAGUGA